CCUCGCCGCCUUCCCUUCCCCGCCGGGCGGGGGCCGAGGGCCGCCUCCCGCUCCUCAGGGCGGGCGCCGGAGCCGCGGCCGCCGCCUGCCUGCCGCCGGGGGUGGCCGAGGGUCGGCGCGCCCGGCCCGGGGGCUGCCGGCGGAUGAGCGCGGCGCGGUGGAGAAGCCGUGCGAAGGGGCUGGUGGCGUACUGCCUGCUGCUGGGGCUGGCCUUCCCCCUCCUACUGCUCCUGCCGCUCCUCUGAGAUGCGCCGGCCGGCAGCUCGGCCCCGCCGCCGGGGGACGGGCGGGAGGGGGCGGCGGCAGCCCCGCUCCGCUGCCCGGCGUGCGGCCGGCGGCAGCCGGAGGGCCUGAGGCUGCGGCGGGGCACGAUGAGGAGCUCGGGCGGGCUUUGCAGCGGUGCCACCCAGCCUGCGCGGGCGGGCGGGCUGCCUCUCCCCGCGGGGGGGCCCGGCCGCGGCCCCGGCCGCGCUCAGCCCCUGCGGGUGUGAUGCCGCCGCCGCGCUCGCCGCUCCCCCUCCCCGGCUGAGCCAGGCAGAGCCGAGCUCCCCCUUCGCCUACCCAAGCCGGGCUCCGGCGGCUCGGGGCGGCCUAGAUGGGCAAGCGGCCGCGGGCACUGCCGCCGCCGCCCCCCCCCUCAGCGCGGGGCCAGCGGGCCGCGCCUCGCCGCCCUCCCCGAGCCCGGCCCGGCCCCAGCGCCGCCGGCCCGCCGCGGGCCCCCCGCCGCCGCGCUCGCCCAGCCCCGGCGGCGGCCGUGAGUCGGUGGCAGCCGCCGGCCGCGGCGCUCGCGUCGCUCCAGAUCGGCCGCUCUGCGGGGCGGAGUGUGUCCCCGGCGGCUUGCCGUGCGGGGAGGCGGGCCGGGGGCCGGCUGAGAUGGGAGAGAGCAUGUCCAAGAGGCUGAAGCUGCAGCUGGGCGGCGAGGCGGAGAUGGAGGAGCGGGCUUUCGCCAACCCCUACCCCGACUACCAGCCCCACGCAGCCGGAGCCGCGGCGGCCCCCAGCGCAGCGGACGCCCAGCGGGACAGGGCGCUGCUCCCGCCGGACGAGGAGUCCCUCCCCUUCGGCGCCGACGGGAAGGUCAGUGCUCGGUUCUCAAAACGGAUUCAGGCAAAAAUCAAGGACCUUCUGCAACAAAUGGAGGAAGGGCUGAAGACAGCAGAUCCACAUGACUGCUCUGCCUAUACUGGCUGGACUGGUAUUGCCCUCUUAUAUCUGCAACUGUACCGUGUCACGAAAAACCAGAGCCAUUUGCAGCGAUCUCUUGAUUAUGUGAAGAGAAUCCUUCGCAAUCUGAAUGGCAGAAGAGUUACUUUUCUUUGUGGUGAUGCUGGGCCACUGGCAGUGGGUGCAGUGGUUUAUCACAAGCUGAAAAAUGACAAUGAAUCUAAAGAAUGUGUUGCCAAGCUGUUGCAGCUCCAAAGGACAGUCAUAGGCACAGAUGCUGAACUUCCAGAUGAGCUGCUCUAUGGCAGAGCAGGUUAUCUAUAUGCCUUGCUGUACCUGAAUACUGAAAUCGGUCCAGACACUGUCCCACAGUCUGCUAUCAAAGAGGUAAUAGAUGCUAUUAUUGAAUCGGGGAAAAACUUUUCGAAGGAGGAGCGGAAAACAGACCGUUGUCCGCUGUUGUACCAGUGGCACAGGAAGCAAUACGUUGGAGCGGCCCAUGGAGUGGCUGGGAUCUAUUACAUGCUCAUGCAGCCAGUUGCAAAUGUGGACCAAGAGACCCUGGCAGAGCUGGUGAAGCCGAGCAUUGACUAUGUGCGUCAUAAAAAAUUCAGAUCUGGGAAUUACCCAUCGUCACUGAGCAAUGAGACUGACAGACUGGUUCACUGGUGCCACGGUGCCCCCGGAGUCAUCCACAUGCUCAUGCAAGCUUAUAAGACUUUUAAAGAGGAUAAAUAUUUGAAAGAUGCUAUGGAUUGUAGUGAUGUCAUCUGGCAGAGAGGCUUAUUGAGAAAAGGAUACGGGAUCUGCCAUGGUACUGCUGGCAAUGGCUACUCCUUCUUGUCUCUCUAUAAUCUAACUCAGGACAAAAAGUACCUCUACCGAGCUUGCAAGUUUGCUGAAUGGUGUUUGGAGUAUGGUGCACAUGGAUGUCGUAUUCCUGACCGACCUUAUUCUCUCUUUGAAGGCAUGGCUGGAGCUAUUCACUUCCUCUCAGAUAUUUCAGUGCCGGAGACUUCCCAGUUUCCAGCAUUUGAACUUGGACCUCAAAGGAGGGAAAACAAAGUGGAACAGGACAGUUAAAAGAUCAUUUUGAAAGGGGACUGAUGCCAAGAGAUGAGACUGUUUAGUGCCUCUGAUACUGAACCAACUCGACCCUGAACUGAUGGAUGGAUAAACCCCUUUCCUCACCCCUCUUGCCCCAAAGGACCAUGAAGUCAUUAGAGCAUGAACGGGAGAAGCCACAUUUGAGUUCUGUUAAAAGUGACACCUUCAGAUGCAGGACAAGAGAAGUCAAGUUUUGAACUUUCUUCUGUUGUAUUUGUCUUCUUCAGGUCUUUGACAUGCUCUGCAUGUUUAUUGGUGUUGUGUGUUGAUUCGAGUCUUUUGUUGUUAGCAAAAAGCUGGUCUCCUUGUGACUCUCUGUCCUGUACCUUCGUGCAUGACUCACAACAGCAGUGUUGCUUUCUGCAGCGUGGUUGCGUAGAGAGUUCCACCUUACGCCAGAGAGUUUGCUGCAGGACAGUGUCCAGCUUCACUGGUGAGCUGGCAGCUUUGAAAAGAGAUGAAAAACGGUUUUAUGUUCAUAUUUUUCUGCUUUUUUCUCCACAGUCCCCAGAAGCUAAGGUGAUGGAGAUCAGCCCUUUUCAAUGAAGAGGUGUGAGGCCAUCUCUGUUUUCAGAAACUUCGCAGGCUGGAAGGGACCUGACUUGUCUUUUGCUGCUCUUGGGGGAGGUUGUUUUGAAAGCCUGAAAGAGCGGCUCCCUCCGAUACCUGCACCUGGUUAGCGAGUUAAGCACUUGGAGCAGGUUGGAGAUGCUUGUCCCCACCUCUGCAAAGCAUCAUCCCGUGGCAUGAGCUUAAACUACAGGUGGAACUACCUGUACCAACCUCCUGCUGCCAGCGACAGGAGAGCAGGGACAGCGUAACUGUGCUUCUCCCCCGCACAAGGAUUUGUAAUAAACCUGUCCUGCAGCACCUAGUAUACAAAUGAGUAAGGGAGGGUGUCAGGGCAGUUUCUUCUGCUGGUAUCUCGGGGUGACUGUUGCUUCCGAACCGAGGUGGUGAUUUGUUCUGGGCCCUUCCCUCCCUCUUCCAGCCCCGCUGCAUUUAGCCGGUAUAGUAUGACAGAAGUGACAAAUACCAGCUGCUUAUGGAGGCUGCGGAAAAUUAAUAAGCAAUAUGAAACCAUUGCUAGAGGCUGUAAUUGAAGUUUAUUUCAUCUUAAAAUGAAAAAAAAAAAAAAAAAAACCCACACCCAAACCAACAGAAAAAGCCCUUUGCCCUUAGUUUUAACUGUGCUGCUAGUGCUUUGCUUCCCCUUGUGGUGUGGUAGGCUUGUGAAAUACUAGACCUGCCUCCAGGUGCUCCUGAGUUGGGGAGAAGUGGGACACACUCCGAGUACACUGACGGUGGCUUAGGCAUUCCAAAUAGUAAGUACACUUACUGCUUGAGAAAGGUAAGCGUAGCAUACUCCACUCGCUCAAGCUCUGUUGUCAUCUUUCCUGCAGGUCUCCCUGUGCUCUGUCAUUCCAGGUGGUUAUUUUAAUUGGUCUCUUCUGUCGGGCAGAGUGUGACAGGUGACAGAGUUUGACCUUCAAGGUGCGCAUCGCGAUACGUGACCUGUGGGCCACGUGACCUGAGCGCCAGCGCUUCGGUCAGGCUUGGAGAUGCACCGUUGCUCCCGAGCAAGUCUCUGAACGGUAGCGGCUGCCUGCCUUGAGCUUUAUAGCGUUGGCUGCCAAAUCCAUUGGGAUAUUAAUAAUCUGCAAAUUCAGUUCUGCUGGACGACAGCAGCAGUGCCAGUGCAGGGACAGCGUAACGUCACAGUGUAGCUCCUCUGCUGGUUCGUCACUUAGGACUCAAACAUGGGAGCAGUGGGGGAGGGUUUUUCACUCCUCUGGCAAAGGGGAGAUGAGGUGGGGGCACCAAACCUGGCUGCAGCUGUACAGCUGGAGAUGAGGGGAAAUGCUGAAAAGCCGGGGGGGGGAGGGCUGCUGCCUGGCAAGCAGCUGGGGUGCAGCACACCGGAGCAGCAGAACGCGGAGGGAUCGGUGAGGAAUGGGGAGAGCUGGUUGUGGGAGGCAGUGCAGGGCAUGUACCAGUAGAGGCCAUCUCCAGGGCCAUGUUCCUCCGUGGCCAGCGUGCUGAGGUCUAACUCUGGGUUUCUUUCUUCAGCCUGUGGAUCGCUGAUCCUGCCCGUAGACAGGGAGGAGACUUGCCCGGUUUGAAGUCUCACAGAAAUUUCUAACAAAGGAGGGAGAGGGCAGCUCUGAUCCUGUUCCGUAUCGCCCCCCACCCCUUUGUUCCUUCACCUGAGACUGCAGGGCGUGUGGGGUGGGUUAACGGGGAAGGGGCUUGCCAGGUUUGCAGGAACCACCUGCAAACACAGAACAGAAGCCACUGGCCUUCCUGGCAAAUCCCACACGUGUCGUACCGACUGCUUAACCGGGGGGUCAACAGGCAGGGCUUUGGCAUUCAGUCAUUGUACACAGAUACGCCUUCUUGGUGGCUGAGCUUGGAACGGCACCUGUGGGAGGUAAUAUUUGGCUGGCUGGAGCCCAGGAGGAAUUAAAUCCUGUUGGUAUAAAAAAUAUAGAGGUAUAUACACAUUUACAACAGCUUAAUACUGAGCAGAUCUCCAAGAUGCUUGAGUGCACCAGUCAAUAAUGAGCAAGUCAGCUACCAGCUCUCUGUACCAAGCCAGCCUUCUGCUGCGGUGGGGCCUGGCACCGGCUUCCCUGCAAAAUCCUCUUGGAAUGGAGCAAGACUGGAAACUGAAUGUAUUGAGUUGUGAAGCGUCUGACUGUGUGUCUGCCUUGUCUUUCUGACAUGACUUUCCCUGUGGCUCCUCUUUCCUGUUCACAGCGCUGUGAUAUCUAGGUGGCCCAUUAAGAAAGGAUAGUGUGCGAAGGUGAAAAAAUGCAUUUCACCAAGGCAUUGUUUUCAGAAAUCACAUCAAACUAAGAAUGUGGAAGAUGUCUUAAUAGUCCCUAGUUUGCUUUGUCUGUGUGUAAUAGUCCAUCUGUUGCAAAAAGCAGUAGUGUUAAAAAUGGAGAUGCUCUUUGGGCAGAAAAAGAGGAAAAAAAUGCUGAUUGUUUUGUUCUUUGGCUUUAUUAGUAAAGAUCAAGCUAUGUGGUGGUAA